AUGCCAGCCGGAGGACGCAUUCCUUCCUCGUGUCUCAUCGAUGUCGGAACCGCUAGUUCUCUCUGUCUCCCUUUCCACGACCGCUCAUACCACUCUCUCUCUCUCUUCGCUUCUUUCUCUCCACCGAUCAUCAUUCUCGCGCAUCAGUGCCACAGUACUUGCGUCGUAGCGGCUUUGUCGUGCUCACAGAGCCGACCGACCCCACUACUAACCAGUUCCCGUUACUGUGUAGUCUGCCUUGGUACCUGAUAUGCGGCAACAGUUGUUCCUCUCUCAUGGUCUGCCUUAGUCUCCUACCAUUCAUUCAUUCUUCUCACGUCUCCCUCCAGUUCCGAAUGCGACAGUUCUCCCAUUUUUCUCUUCCACGGGUCUUAUCCAAACGCUUGAUAAGAGUGGCAGUGUCAAGGUCAGAGUGCGAACGAAGAGGCAGAGAGCAAAUGUCAAAGACGUUUGGUGCAGUGCAGCACGGGUGAAGGGAUCAUUCCGAUCUUUUUCCUUUCUCUUUCUUUUUCCCCUGCCUGACCGUCAUCAUUUCCCUCGACGAAACAUGUCUCUCAUCACCGAGUGCUUUCGCCGUCUGACGGAUGGAUCGUCUUGUAAAAACGAGCUCAGAGGAUACAAAGUGACAGAUGUGAAUCGUACGCGGAAAAUUGGUAUUGCCUGUAAAAAUUUUCAAGACCUUAAGCGAAAAGCGUGUUCGAAAUUAAAUAUAAUUAACGAUCCGACAGAGGUAAAUGUUUUUCUUUUGGAUGGAUCAUUAAUCGAUGAGGAGUAUUUUCGUACAUUGGAGCCACAGACUACUCUGGUCUUACAGAAGCCAGGAGAGAAAGUAUUAUCCGAUGCGGACAUUCUCUAUGAUGCACUGAGACGCGUGAACAUUGAUUUCCUCACUGCCGGCGACAAGGUGACGCAAUUCCUGACAGAAAAUCUUAAAGCAAAGGUUGCCUUGUUGAACAAAGUGUUGAACAAAGAUGAUUCCAAGACGAUGCUUAGCACGAGGGACGGUCAUCCGGAGUGGUUUCAAGAUUUGGAAACUAAUUGUACGACCAAAGAAGCAUACAUGCAUCGCAGGUGUCAAGACAGAAUACGCACUUAUCUGUAUAAAACGAUCGAACAGAUUAGAAAUUCGGACGUAUUCAUGAAUGAUCGCAAUGCGAGACAGCAGCUUCUGCGUACAAUAGCAUUUUUUAAAGUUCAGCUCAAGGAAGAUCAUUAUUUCGGAUAUUAUUUCGACAGAAGCAGAGCACACUCUAAAAACUCUAAGGAUGAUAAUGACGAGAUCGAUUCUAGCCGAUGUUACGAGCAUUGUCCUUGUAACUUUAGUCAUAUCAGCGACGAAACGUAUCUGCGUCAACGGUAUCUUCGUCUUCCUGAAUCAUCCGAUACGAGUACGAAUGACGUCGAUUCAAUCAAAAUCGACGAGACAGACGCGAGAAGGCUCGUCGAGUCUGCGAAAAACGACGAGCUAUUGGAAGGUGGCACCUAUCGUGUGAAACCAGGAGGAAGACAAAUUCCUAUUUGUAACGAGAAGGGUGAGUUUAGAUGCCAAGGCCGAUGGAACAUGGACGGCUGCGCUUAUGGUGACCGACACAAGAUCAACCCGUAUAAAUCCAGGGAGGAGCUCGCUCUAUUCUCAACAUGGAAUUUGGAUCACAAAAUCGAAAGGUCUAGGAUGCUCGUUCCGAAGUUAUUACAGCUCUCACAACAGGGUACGAUCAAUGAACAGGAUAUCUAUGACUGUUACGACAAUCUGUUUACCGUGAAGAAUUUAAGGCUAGUUCAUAUCGUAUGUCACGAUAAAGGAUCGCACAAAUAAGCUUUAAUUCUGUGGAACUAUUAUGUUAAUAAUAUAUACAUACAUGUUAUUAAAAGUAUGAUCGUAAGAGAUGUGAAGGCUAAAAUGAAACAGUACAAGCGAGAUGAUGUAUAUAGAUACUAUAUGACGUAGAACUGAUCUCCUCAUAUACAGAUCUCUACAAAUAAAUAUUAAGCGCUGUUGAUAAAAUACAGACUUAGAGAUUAUUAAUGUUA